CUUGACAGCUUGGUCCUCAUCAUCCGAAAAACCUCUUUUUUUUCUCUCUCACGAUCUUCUGCCUCCCUCACAUCUCUCCUCGCCAAUCUCCCCUCCAUCAGUCACAAUGUUCAAGCUCGGCCGUAGUCGUGCUGUGGCUUCGGCCCUCAACGCCUCCAAGCUCCAAUUUGCUGCUCCCGCCGCUCGAUUCCCCGGCGUUCAACAAAGGAGAGCUCUGAGCAUUCACGAGUACCUCUCUGCCGACCUCCUGCGACAGUAUGGCGUCGGUGUCCCCAAGGGAGCUGUCGCAAAGACGGCCAAGGAGGCCAAGCAGGUCGCUGAGCAGAUUGGCACCGAGGACAUGGUCAUCAAGGCCCAGGUCCUUGCCGGCGGUCGAGGAAAGGGUACUUUCGACAAUGGCCUCAAGGGCGGUGUCCGUGUCAUCUACUCUCCCCACGAGGCCGAGAUGUUUGCCCAGCAGAUGAUCGGCUACAACCUCAUCACCAAGCAGACGGGUGCUGGCGGCCGUCUCUGCAACUCUGUCUACAUCUGCGAGCGCAAGUUUGCUCGUCGCGAGUUCUACCUGGCCAUCCUUAUGGAUCGUCAAAACCAGUGCCCCGUCAUCGUGUCCUCUUCCCAGGGUGGAAUGGAUAUCGAGACUGUCGCCAAGGAGAACCCCAGUGCCAUCAACACCAAUUACAUCGAUAUCAACGUUGGUGUGACUGACGAGAUUGCCCGCGAGAUCGCCACCAAGCUCGGCUUCAGCGAGCAGUGCAUCGAGGAGGCCAAGGACACCAUCCAGAAGCUCUACCAGAUCUUUAACGAGAAGGACUCGACUCAGAUUGAGAUCAACCCUCUGUCCGAGACUUCCGACCACCAGGUUCUCUGCAUGGACGCCAAGUUCGGUUUCGACGACAAUGCCGAUUUCCGACAGAAGGAUGUGUUUGAGUGGCGCGACACCAGCCAGGAGGACCCUGAUGAGGUCCGCGCUGCCGAGUCCAACCUCAACUUUAUCAAGCUCGAUGGUGAUAUUGGCUGCCUCGUCAACGGUGCCGGUCUUGCCAUGGCCACCAUGGACAUUAUCAAGCUGAACGGUGGUCAGCCCGCCAACUUCCUCGACGUUGGUGGUGGUGCCACUCCUGCCGCCAUUAAGGAGGCUUUCGAGCUCAUCACCAGCGACGCCAAGGUCACUGCCAUCUUUGUCAACAUCUUUGGCGGUAUCGUGCGAUGUGAUGCCAUUGCCACUGGUCUGAUCAAGACUGUCGAGAGCUUGAACCUCAAGAUCCCCAUCAUUGCCCGUCUCCAGGGUACCAACGUCGAUGCUGCCCACCAGCUCAUCAACGACUCUGGUCUCAAGAUUUUCUCCAUUGAUGACCUACAAAGCGCCGCCGAGAAGGCAGUGCAGCUGUCCAAGGUCGUCAAGCUCGCUCGCGAUAUCGAUGUCGGCGUCGAGUUUACCCUGGGUAUCUAAGCGACACAGUCGCAAACCAGAUAUAUGGGGCGAGGGUUGAACAUGGUGUAAUAACGAUCUGAGGCUAGAGUCCCGAGUGCUGAAUCUCCGCAAGACGGGGAGAACAGACUGGAGAUUAUACGGGAGGGUGUUUCUGUUUUUAAUUAGCAUGCAUCGAUCGAUCCGCCUUGGAGGUCGCGGCUCGCAAGGCGUAUGAUUUUGAUGCCUUUGAAUGGGUCCAACGGUUCAAUAGAAGGACGGAUCAAAGGAUACGGGCGAAGGCCUCGAAUAAGAUGAUUCCGCGGUCGUUU